GCAAGUAUCAACUUUGUAAAUUUGGUUCAAAACCGAUUGGUGUGUGAGUGUUGGUUCAUUUUUGUGGAUGGUUCUCUUUUCGUUCAAUGAUAAUAAGUGUUAAAAGUGGCUGUUGUCGUCCAUGGAAUCACCUGAGAAGCAAACUCCCAGGUCUAGCAAUGCAUUUAAAAACCAGCCUGGGCGAGGUCGAACUGCCUCACACGUCAAGAGGUCUAAUGAUAGGACAAGUCGUUCAAUGGCUAGUAGACGUACAUCUGUAGACUCAAGGAAAAAAAGUAAUCCCAAAUGUAGUAGAGGAAAAGCUUAUGCUAAGGUGAUUACUAUGUUUAAAUAUUCAGUGAUGUAUACACUACAAUCGCCUAGUAACUACAAUCAACUAAGCCAGUAUGUUUUUUGUUUGCUGGAACAUUUAAUGGAACUCAGUGAGUAAACAUUUUCUCACCUCAGAAUGAAAUUACGUUUGUAUACUUAGAAGUCACGUUUUACAUAGUCGCCAAAAUCGUUUGCGUUUCGUCUGCUCAGAUGGGUAUUACCUAGAGAGAAUUUAACGAUCGCGAUAGACAUUCGUCUUAGCAAUCCCCUCUCCAAUUAGAGAGAAAUUGAUGUCAUAUGGUGUAUGGGAGCGUAGAAUUUCCUACUUAUCAGUCAACCAGUAGGCUGCAGGUCCAACCCUUUCUCCACUUCAUUUGAAGCAGUCAGGUAUUAUCAGCUUUUACAAAACCUAUGUGACUCAGUCAAAUACCUUUACCUGGUAAAUGAAUUACAUAAUUGUUGUUACCAACCGGUUCCAAAUAAUAACUUACUCCAAUAUGUAAUGCUCCCAUCUUAUUUUUAUCUGCGAAUAAUUUCGGCUGUUAAAAUGCAAUGAAUUUUCGCAAGAUCUCGCUUAAAUAUUGUCGCUUUUGAAUCAGAUGUUACUACACUACGACUUCAAUUAGUCAUUCAGUUUCGUGGCCCACAAAUUGGAUCAUUUCAUUACUUUUUUAGUAUCGAAAUCAAUGUAUUCCUAAUCCCUAUUGCAUGUAAAGUUAUGUUCUGGCAUUACUUAACCCUGAAUUUUACGAUUUAUUAAUUCUUAAUGAUUGCAUACCCUUGUUUAUUGCUCCAGCCCGUUUGCAAAACUUAUGAGAAAUGACUAUGUGAUUCCUAACCAUGGAAACUCAACUAUCUAUUCAGCUUACGAUCUCACGGUCUAUCUGAAAGAACAAAAAUAUAAGUACAUAUAGAUCUAUUCACCGAAAGCUGAAUAACAAACAUCAACUGUCUUGCAUAACGUGUAUAUGUUAUGAUAAAAGACUUUGUAAGAGUAAAAUCAGUCAUUAACUGUGGCAUGUGCGGAAAUAAAUAGUCGUCGCAAAUGUUUUUGUUUUUACAUUUGAAAUUAUCAGCUUAAUUUUUCACAUACGUAUUCACUUUUUUCCGCCUAAAAUUGUGUAAAAUGUGAUUGUUGUCAGAUUAUAUGCUGAAAAUUCUGUUCUGUACCUACACAUUUUGUAACGAGGAAGGUGAUUAUUAUUUACUAGUAUUCUAAUCAGUGAAGAUAUUCUUGGUUAGCUUAACAUCCGAUGAAAUGAUGUAUGUUAAAUCACAUAUCUAAGUGUUUUUUAAGUGCUCUCAGUUAUCAGAACUUCGUUGUACUUAAUCGCACUACCUGGCUUAAAUAGCACAUUUUGUUGUCAGUAAAUGUAAUCAGUCUUAUUGAAGCCGCGUUUAUCGCCAACUGAAAGUGGCCAGUUCAAGUUAGUGCAGAAGUGAAGUGUGCUGGCUGAAAAAUUAUACAGGUUAACGUUGCAGCGAUAAAACCAAGAGUAUUUCAGACUAAUCUGGCCACUGUAUCUUCUUGUGAUACAGUAUUCUGCGCUUAUUCUAUGCCUUAUUUCCCUUAAAGUCAAGUUACCUGAAUGUCAAAUACCUCUCCAUACCAUUGACAUUCAUUUAUUUUUUUCAUUUUAGUUUACUUACGAUACUUCAGUGACCCUGGCAGUUAUGCAAAGAUGCAAUAAUUCAUUUAGUCACAACUUUUUAUUUUAAUCUCAUUGGGUAUGUCUCGAGAAAAUAAGGAAACUGAGUAUAUAGAUCGAUUGUUUACCAAGCCCAUAAUGCUUAAGUGUAUAUACUUUCGACUUAGUAGUUAAGGUGUUCGACUUUCCGCCGCCAAGUCUCGGAUCCGAACCUCAUUCCACCUUCAGUUUGGGUGGUAGGAUAGUAUCACUAACACCAAAGUACCCGGUGAAUGAGUUAAUUGUUAUUAUCACAUAUUUCUGGAUACUACUGCUACUAUUCAUUUCAAAGUACAUGAUUUUUGAACUGUAUUAAUGAAAGUAAUUUUCUAACGUUGAAUGGUAACAAAUUAGACUCAUUUUUCUUUUUUGUAGCUUAUUCAAACCAAAUCUCAACGUAGAAUCCCGAAUGGUCGUAUUGCUAGCCGUUCUUCUGAUUUGUACAGGUUAAAAUGCAGAACUUCACAGGCUGUGUAUGUUAAUAAACGACCAUAUAGGCGUCGUAUUCCAAAUGUCAAUUCUCAGGCAAAUACUUUACCACAAACUAACUCUGAGUUUGGUAUCAUUCCUAAUGAUGAAAACCCAGUUGAUCAGGUUCAAUCGGUCAGUUGUUCCAACAGACCAACAGGUCUUAGACGAAAAUACACUCGACGCAAUUCAUCUUCAAGAUUUUCUUAUACUAGAAAACCUAAUGCUAGAAGUACGCAGUCCAACUACACUAACUCAAUUGUUGACUUUAAUAACUUGGUUAAAAAACAGGAAGCAUUUGUACGGGCUUUUGCUAUCCCAACACACUUGUAUAGAUAUCUUUCCCAUCGUCAUCGUGAACGUCCGUUAUAUCUGGACCGUAAUCUCAGCUAUUUGAUGCCAAAUCCAUCCCGUAAACGGUCGUCUGGUUCACGUCCAAGCAUAAACAGAAUUGUAGAACGUCUAAUUGAAAGACGAAAAGAUUGCAGACAGAAUGAUGAAUUGAAGGAUUUUAGUAAGUACUCAGAAUCCAUUUCGUCUUCCUCUUCAACGACUCCUGGUGAAUUGCCUCAAGAAUUAGAACUCGUUUUUGAAGGCUUUUACGAUAGUGAAAAAGAAGUGGAUUGGGUCACCGUGGACGCUUCUGUUAAUGUUCAUUUACGCUUUGGAUGGGCAUGGCGCCGUAAAAUAUGCCCAGAUGAUACAAUUUUAAAUAUAACGCCAAAUCCAAUUCGAAUAAAUUGUUACAGUCAUUCAACUGGUUACACUUCACUAGUUAACUCACCACCUACUUCUAAUAAUGAUAAUAGUAUUACUGCUACUACAAAUACGACCCAUACCACUUGUCGUUUCUCUUUAACCGAUCUAAUUAAUCAAGUUAAAUGGAAUACAUCUAGUGGUCGUUUAACAUCUGCUCAAUUGGAGUUACAUGUUUCCGCCACUGAACGACGUUGGUUAAAACGUCCCGAUUUAAGUCAUGGAGCAGUUAGUUUGAAUGGAAUUACUCCAAACAUUUCAAACAACUUAACAAAUCAUAUUGUUAAUCAUAUAAACCAUAACAAUAAUAGUAAUAAUAACCUAACCCAAAAUUCGUCUAAAAGUACUCAUACUGAUGGGAAAAACAACAAUAGCCGUGUAACAUUUAUCAAUGGUAAUCCAUUGCGUAAAGGUGGUUUAAGUUCAAAUUCUUAUCCAGUUCAAUAUGCUACAUCUCCAUUGCCUUUGAUCGUAUCUUCAGUUGGUUUCGAUAGUCCCAGUACCGGUCGUCAACUGCUUCUGACUCCUGGUUUAUAUGAAUUACGCCUUGGUGUAGACACGUCCGACGGCAAUGGUAGUAGUGGUGGAGUGAUGAAUAAAGUUGUGCCAUUAAAAUGUUUAGAUGACAAUGUAAGUGAAAAGUCAUAUGUUUCAGCUAACAACGACCAAGCAAGUGACACGUGCUCUAGUCAAGUUGAAUGGAGGCGCAUUCGGUUUCCUAAUUCUUCCACGGCACUAGAUGAGUAUUCUCGAUGGCCUCGUCUUCGGUUUUCUGUCAUAUGGCAUAAUAAAUUGGAAAAUAAUCAAAUCAUUUCACCUUGUAGAUCGAUGGAAACUCGAAGACAAGAUAAUACCCAUAUACAUAUGGAGGGUCGAUCCUCUCUUACACGUUCCAUGACAAGUUCUCAUAAUCGAGAUGUAAUCAAGUCUCAAAAUCAGUCUGCCACACCGCAUAAACAAAUAGUUUUGAAGGAGUCUUGCGACUCUUCUGUAUUCAAAGAUUCAAUCGGUUUAGAUAAAUGUCUCUCCAAUCGUGUACAACAAAGUCUCUCUGCUCAUUUUGGACCAGACGUUGAUAAGCCCACGUCUACGAAGACGCCACACUUAAUUCAUCCAAUCACAUACGGUUUUGUAUUCGGGGGUAAUUUACAACAAUGGUCUCAGUCCACUGAUCUUGUUUGUCCAUGGUGCCACUUAGAUUGUGCCCGUGCUGGUGAUAAAGGUCCUGAAGCCUUGAUUCUUCAUCUUCGAACUUGUCAUCCAAGAUUUCGUCUCAAGGUUAUGUGGGAUUCAUCACAUACACGGUUAAGCCUACAAGUUUCAUUAAAUGAAGCAUAUGACGGUUCAAAUGAUUGUGGUAUACGUAGAUGGUGUCCGAGCGGUCGAAAUAUUUUCAUUUUACGACAUCAUGUCAUUCCAUCAUCUGAUCAGUUAGUCGGUAGUUGUGCUGCCCUAGGUAUAAAUAGUAAUGCCAAACAGUCAGGUAAUCAAGGUCGUCAUUCUAUUUCGCCAACUGUGAUUGAUGCCACUGUUCGAAUUCGUUGUCCUGUUCGACGAUUGCCGUACACACAUUUGAUAUUUUGGCGUGGUGCUGAAUUAUCGACUGAUCAGUUACUUGAUCCUACAUUAUCGGUGCGACCUAUGGUCACUGGACAUAAUCGUAUUUAUUAUCAUACACGUACAUCCCAGCCUGUUCGUGCUUGUGAAUUUGAUGUGGACUCUGAAGCGGAAGAUGCUCCAGUCUGGCUUCGUCAACAUUAUCAACGUAAAGUGGAGGAGUUCACCGAUGUGAAUGCGGGUGAAAAACAAAUUAUGCAAUUGUGGAAUGCUUUACUACUAUCAAUUCGUCCAUCCGGUUUAGUAGUUUGUGACAGUCAAGUAUUAACAUUAGUCUGUCAAUUUAUACAUCAGCAUAGUCGAUGGAUUCAUAGACGACGUCUACGUACUAAUCUAUUGUUACAUUUAGUGAAUCUUGUUGAUUAUGGCUUAUUAUCAUCUAGUCAAUUACGUCAAUUAAUGUUAAUUCAUGAUAAACAUGUACAAGAAUUAAAUUCAAUCAACAAUACAUCAGUGAAUAAUAAUCACAUGAUUAAUACACAACCAUUAUCAUCUCCAUCAAACGCUUCAACAACAUCUUCCUUACCCGACUCUAAAUUAGUUAAUCAUCAUAUUAAUAAGUCGCAACCAAUUAUUCCACGUCUUCUUCAGAUGUUCUCUUCAACAUCUAAUUCAUAGUGCAAAAAAAAAAUUCAAUGCUGCUUACACUCUUGUUUCCCAAUUUGUAUACUCCUCCCUUCUAUGUAUGUAUGUGUCCGUGACAUUAAUACUUAGAAUAGUUCGAGAGACGGAUGUGUGUGUGUAUGUGAAUCGUUGCAUUUUUUUUAUUUACAGAUGUUUCCGUAUAGGCCAAAUAAAUUGUUUUUUGGAUUUCUAAUUUUUCUUUUUUUUUUACAAUGAAAUCAUACAAAACAGUAAUUAUUCUCACACAAUAAGUAUGUCCAUGUGUAUGUUUCUUCUCUCCUUAGAAUUAUGCUCAAUUUUUUCUCCACUUUUCAUCUUUCCUGUGUGUUUUGUGUCGUUAUUCAGUCGUGUAAAAUCUCAACAUCAUUUUGAUUGUUUUGUAUUUUUACAAAUAAAAAUUUCUAGAUUUUACAAAUUCCCAGGGUCUAUAUGUUUGUCUAUAAACUUACGUACGUACAACUAUAUAUAAUUAUUAACGAUAAUGUGACCGUUUUAAUUUUAUAAGCUAUUUGUAUUUCUGUAGUGUAUACAAGUGUUCCUUCCACUCCCUUUUCAUUGUUGUUCAUUUAUUGAAUAUCACUUUUUCCAUUCAACAAUUAACUAUCCUCAGGGGACGUUCAUCAGCUUGGUUCCUGGUAGUGUUUUUCGUUUUUUUCUGCUCUUUCAUUAUAAUAUAUAUAUGUGUGUGCUUUCUAUUCAACUAUAAUCUGUCUUUUGUAGCCUGUUCAUGUGCAUGUAUACACAUACGUUUGUGCCAUGCAUAUUAUUUCGUCAAUUGUAAUAACAAAAUCCUAAAAGUCUGUGCCUUCUUCAUAUUGAUGAUGAAUUUCUAAAGAAAAAAUGAUGAAGAGCUGUCUCAUAUUAUCAUUAUUACUAGUAUUAUUAUUAUUACUAUUAAUAGAAUUAUUCUUAUUAGAUUUUGUUUUCAAGAAUACAAAUGUACCAUGUAUGUGUGUAUAGGUAUUCAAUAACUUUCUUGUAUAUUACAAUUGUUUAUCUGUUCAAUUAUGAUUGUUUUCUAUUCUCAUGUAUAAUUCAACUGUAAAGUGAAAUGUGUAAUGUAAGAAAGAUAAGCGUAAAAAUAAUCAAGUUCAAAAACUCAUUUAUAUUGACAAGUGAAAGUAAUGUAAUUACUAUUAUUAUAAUUAUUCUCUAGGUAGGAUUUUUAUUGUCCAUUUAUGGUUAUUAUGACUACUAUUAUUUUUAAAUUUUUUUUUAGUAAGGUAUCUUCGUUUUUUUUCCUGCUCUGAAAUUAUCAGAAGUGCAAAGUAUAGUUUAAUGAAUAACUGACUUGUUUAGUCGUAUUUUUCUCCUGUCUAAUUCAAUGAACAAUGUAUAUUAUUAUAUCAUCAAAAAUAUUUUUCUAUUACUACUAUUAUGUAAUAACCGGUCACUGUCCUCGUUGUUGUUGUUGUUUUCGCUGUUGUUAUGAUUAACUCAGGCUUGUUUGUGUUUCGUACAUAUUAUGAUUGAUCUUAUCACUUUUUCUACUUCUACUCAACAACUAUUAGUUCAAUUAAUUUUUUUCCGACUUAACAUGUAGCUAUGAUUUUCUCUGUGUGUGUGUGUAUUUACUUUUUCCUUAGUAUAUAGGAUAAGUUUAUUUUCGUCUCGAUAAGAUUUUGGUCUCGAAUCCCUUAUUUCGGUUUGCUUAUUUACUUUGACUAUUCCGGAUGAUGACGACGCGUUUCAUUCUUUGUGUUUGUAUGUGUGUAUGUUUUAGGAAUAUUUAUUUGUCUCCCUGUCCCUCCUCCCUCUGCUUAUGAUUAUAGGAGUUUUUUGUGGCGCAUUGAAUUGUGCGAACACUUAUUCUUGUAUGAUUUGUUAAUUAAUUUUCUCCUAUGUACUUAGGAUUUAUACAUGUAAUACGUAUUAGCUUUAAUUGUCAUUGAAACAACUGAUGAGUACAUUUUUCUACAUACACAUAUAUACUUAAAUAUUUAUUUACUGUAAUGCCAUCUUUAUGUUUGUACGUGUUUUCUACAUUCUAUUCUCAUUUCUUUCUUUUUCAUACAAUCAUCUUUGCUUAUCUAUUCACAGGAAACUGAUUCCUAAUCUUGUCCUAUUUUACAUUCUUCUGGCAGCUACCUGUUCUUUUGUGUGUAUAUGAUACGACCAUGUUUGUGCGUGUAUACACACACGUACAACAUUCUUUUGAUAUCUGUAAGACUAAUGUUUCCUUUUUGAGAUAUUAUCCUACUAUGUUUGCUUAUCGAGAAAGUUUUGUAUGUAUCUGUGUAUGUUUGUACUCGUUCCAUCUCAAUUACCCUUUACAUUUUAUACUUUUUUCAAUAUGGUAAUCGUAACAAUUUUUUGUAAAAGAUGUUUCCAUCUACUUUUUUAUACCCAAAUGUAUAUAUAUAUAUAUAUAUAUAUAUAUAUAUAUAUAUAUAUAUAUAUAUGUUUAGUUAUUAAGAAGAGUGCUUGAUGCACUGUAUAGGCUUUUCCUAUUUCAAAAUAAAAAUUUCUU